GGCAGCUGCAAGUUGGGCUGCAGGGGCAGCGCAUACACUACAAUGGCUGCUGGAAAGAGGCGUAAGGAAACAAUUUCCAGGCCCGCCGCGUCCAGCCCGAAAUAUGAGAAAAAAAUUAUUAGAAAUUCCGCGGGCGGUGUAAAGGCGGCGGACGGGCCGGAGGGAGGAUGUUAAAGCCCCGCGGUUGCCUCUUGGUGCUGCAUUGGCUGUAUUUGGCACCCAGAAUGCUUCAUUCUAUCAUGGUCUAUUAAUAAGGUUACCUUGCUAGAGUUUGGAGCAGGGCCUCAGAUUGGCCAAAAUGGGAAGGACUGGAUUCCGCUCUCUUCCACGAAGAGUCAAUGGGACUGGCUAAGAUCAAGGUCUGAGGCUUUUUCCAUCUGUCAUCAGUCCCUUUUUGCUUUCUUUUACGACCACAUGAAACUUGAGAAGCCACCUAAAAGCUAAAUCAUUUAGUGGAGUUGGGCAGUUCCCAAGUGUCCAACAAGAAGGCCUGAUUUAGGCUGCGAUGGCCACUGUCAUUCCUGGUGAUUUGUCAGAAGUAAGAGAUACCCAGAAAGUCCCUUCAGGGAAACGUAAGCGUGGUGAAACCAAACCAAGAAAAAACUUUCCUUGCCAACUGUGUGACAAGGCCUUUAACAGUGUUGAGAAAUUAAAGGUUCACUCCUACUCUCACACAGGAGAGAGGCCCUACAAGUGCAUACAACAAGACUGCACCAAGGCCUUUGUUUCUAAGUACAAAUUACAAAGGCACAUGGCUACUCAUUCUCCUGAGAAAACCCACAAGUGUAAUUAUUGUGAGAAAAUGUUUCACCGAAAAGAUCACCUGAAGAAUCACCUACAUACACAUGACCCUAACAAAGAGACGUUUAAGUGCGAAGAAUGUGGCAAGAACUAUAAUACCAAGCUUGGGUUCAAACGUCACUUGGCCUUGCAUGCUGCAACAAGUGGUGACCUCACUUGUAAGGUCUGUUUGCAGACUUUCGAAAGCACAGGAGUGCUGCUGGAGCACCUUAAAUCUCAUGCAGGCAAGUCGUCUGGUGGGAUUAAAGAAAAAAAGCACCAAUGCGAGCAUUGCGAUCGCCGGUUCUACACCCGGAAAGAUGUCCGGAGACAUAUGGUGGUGCACACUGGAAGAAAGGACUUCCUCUGUCAGUAUUGUGCACAGAGAUUUGGGCGAAAGGAUCACCUGACUCGACAUAUGAAGAAGAGUCACAAUCAAGAACUUCUGAAGGUCAAAACAGAACCAGUGGAUUUUCUGGAUCCAUUUACCUGUAAUGUUUCUGUGCCUAUAAAAGAUGAGCUCCUUCCGGUGAUGUCCUUACCUUCCAGUGAACUGUUAUCAAAGCCAUUCACAAACACUUUGCAGUUAAACCUCUAUAACACUCCAUUUCAGUCCAUGCAGAGCUCGGGGUCUGCCCACCAAAUGAUCACAACUUUACCUUUGGGAAUGACGUGCCCAAUAGAUAUGGAUGCUGUUCAUCCUUCUCACCACCUUUCUUUCAAAUACCCAUUCAGUUCUACCUCAUAUGCAAUUUCUAUUCCUGAAAAAGAACAGCCAUUAAAGGGGGAAAUUGAGAGCUAUCUAAUGGAGCUACAAGGUGGUGUGCCCUCUUCAUCCCAGGAUUCUCAAGCAUCGUCAUCUAAACUAGGGUUGGAUCCUCAGAUCGGGUCCCUCGAUGAUGGUGCAGGGGACCUCUCCCUGUCAAAAAGCUCUAUUUCUAUCAGUGACCCCAUAAACACCCCAGCAUUGGAUUUUUCUCAGUUGUUUAAUUUCAUACCAUUAAAUGGUCCUCCCUAUAAUCCUAUAUCAGUGGGGAGCCUUGGAAUGAGCUAUUCCCAAGAAGAAGCACAUUCUUCUGUGUCUCAGCUCCCCCCACAGACCCAGGAUCUGCCCGAUCCUGCAAACACUCUAGGUCUGGGAUCUCUGCACUCACUUUCAGCAGCUUUCACCAGUAGUUUAAGCACAAGCACCACCCUGCCACGUUUCCAUCAGGCUUUUCAGUAGGAUUCCAAGACAUGGGUGUAUUACAAAAAUGUAUGUGUAGCCCUGCCUUAGCUGACCAUUUUUAUUUUAGUGCCUACUUAAAGACAGUAUAAAGUUUCUGCUUUUGUAUAGUACCAGUUUUCAUUAAGCCAGUAUAAAAUAGGAGUUAGCUUCGGAACCAUUUGUGUUCAGUUAUGUUUACCUGGGUAUUUUGUCCUGAUUCACUGCCAAUUGUCAUACUUUGAUAUUAUUUUUCAUAUAGGAAAGCCAUUAUUAUUAGUGAAGCCUUACAAAUCCCACAUUCAAAUUACCUUUUGAUCUUAGAAUUUUCAUUUUUGUCAAUAACAAUGGCUCUACCUUUUGACAUUUGGCUCAUUAAAAGUUUUUGCAUUAGAAUGUCAUUUUCUAAAAUGUGUAUGAAUAACCCAAGAGGUUUUAAAUUUUUACUAGCCUCCAAAUGGAUUCAUAAUCACACGAAUUAAGAAUCCAGUUUGAGGAGAUAACAAAUGUUUCUUAGAUAUGUCAUAAUUUCAGGUCAGUAUGUUUUGAAGACUUGCUAUUGUCUGGCUCAAAUAUUUGCUGUCUUUGUUGUGCACAUAUAAGGAAAACAAAACCUAAACACAAAGCACCAGUUCUUACAGCAAAAAGAGACUCCUAGUAAGGUGACACGGCAUUCCAUGUUACUUAAUAGUUGGCUUUAAAUUAGUACACAGGAUAUUUUGCCACGUUUCAAACUUUUUAACUUGCUCUCUUUCCAUUUAAUGUACGAAUGUGUAUGGCAUUGGAGUCUUUAGAAUCAGUAUACAGAUAGAUCUCUUUAACCUUUUCUACCUUUGAAGGCCAAAGGGUGGGUCAAGUGCAGCCAGCAGUUUUAUUUUCAUUGUCAGUCCAUAGUUUGUCCAGAAUCUAGAGCCAUUGCGGAACACAGAUGUCAGGUGUAUUUAUCCCAGAGUGGACUGCCUCAGCUUAUGUGGUGUGAUAGGCAUUCUAAGCAGGAAGGUAGAUGUGAAGCACACAGUUCAACUUGGGGACUUGCGUAGGUGUCAUGCCCCCUGUUGCCAGGGUUGGAAACUCUGCUCUUUACGAGUAAAGUAAAAGCAUAUCGCUUAUAUCACUUGUAGCUGAAUUUGAUACAGUUUUCUUUCCCAUAAGAGCUAAAAGCAUAAAACAAAACAGUGCUGCCCGUGUUAUCUUUCUUAUUCAAUGUUAAUUCAUCUUUUCUUGCUAUUUUCAGCUUAGAGAAUUUAAACUGAAAUGCAUUAGAAAACGAUUUGAGGAAUGACCACAAAGUUUUAAGCAGCUAAAAAUAUAUACAAUAAAACCCCACUUUUACACAUCUCUGGGAAAUGCAAGGAAUAUUGCAAAUAAGUUGAAUUUUUGAAGGGGAGAAAAGUAAAGUAAAGCGGGCACUAUCUUAGUUAAUGUGAAAAUAAUCAAGAAUAUUGUGUUCACUAAACAAAAUAGUUAUUAUGGGCUUUCCUCAUGUUAGAUAACUACCAUCAUCUUCUGAAAGUUCAAAUUGUUAUAUUUUUCUAAUCAGUUGGAACAUCAACCUAAAAAACAUAUGUAUUAAGCACUUGUUAUUAACACCUUGUUUUGGGACCUUGUCUGUUGUUGGGACAGGUGAGGGGGUGGGUGGAAGGUUUAUAGAAUCGUAUAUAUCUCUUUAAAGGAAAAAAGAAGAAAAAUAUUUCUGAGCACUCAGACCAAUGUGGAAGCUUCUUUUCCCUUUUAUAAGGCCAAUUAUCACUGCAGAUUACAAUGUUUACCACAAAUUUCUGAAAAUGAGUGCAGAUUACUGAAUAUAAUGCAUUAUUUAAAAUAUUUGGGAGUAGUAUAAUUUGUGGAGAAAUGUAAAUUGUAAUAAUGUAAGUGGGGGUUUCACUAUAUUAGACACACACACACACACACACACACACACACACACAUCGCACUUCAUAGAAUCAAAGUUGCUAUCUUAAGGAACUUUGGCUCCUGAUAUUUUAUCAUGCUCCUAUUUUUUUUAAAUCCUAGGAGCAGUAGUUUUUAUACUUAUGUAUUUAAAUUUUAUUAUUAAAAAUGACA